GUCAACAGCAAUGGCGGACAAAGAGAAACGCCGGUCCGGGGUUACUCCUCCUGUGAUGUCCGAGGGCAAAGCAACGAAAUCGGACAGCGACAGGGAGUUUCUGUCGCAGGCGGGGGUGGGAGAGCUGCUCCGCGGGGCCAUUCUGAAGAUGGUCGAGGCCAGAUCGGACGAUCCCAUCGGGUUCCUAGCCGACCACUUCUGCAACCUCGCCUCGGUGACAGAGACCGGCACAUCUGGAUGCGGCGAUGGGGAUCAGUUGAACAACGGCCCGCUGAGCGCAGGCGCGCAGGAGCAGCAGCAUCUCAACCGGGCGCUGUGGCACCUGCGGCUGGCGCAUCACUCCCAGAGAUCUGCCUUCAGCAACAACGUCCGUGUGGCCUAUGACCUCCUCACUGGGCCUCAUAGACAUCCAGGUGAGGUUCCUGAAGGCCCUGAUGGCUCCUGCACUGACAACCAAACAGGAGGAGGUGGAGGGGUGAGAGGAGGCCUCUACACACAGACUCUGCAGUGUCUAUGCAGUGAAGGUGGCGUCCCUGCCUCCACCUCCGCUCCGCUCCUGCAACGCCUCUAUUGCCAAGACCAUGAGGCCGUCCCUUAUGAUGUCUUCCGUCACGGUGUGCUCACAUGCGCUGUUUUCUCAGACUACAUCCGGCAGGCUCAGAGGCUUUACGCCGAGGUGUGCUGCCCAGACGAAGGGCCUGCAUCUCGGGCACUGUGCCUGGCCGUGUUGGGGACCCUAAAGGAAGCCCUGGAGACUUCCAAGGGCUGUGAUGCAAACUGCUGUGUUAAUGCUAACACUAAAGCUAAUUCUUGUCUGGAGGCUAAUGUGAAGGCUAUCCGCUACCUGAAGGCCAGUGCCAAGAUCUCUCCCUACAAGCUAGCUCAGGCUAUGUCUGGAGCACAGGCACGGGGUCCCGGUGGCAACAUGGACGCAAAGGAGUUUGAGAAUGCAGCAGCAGAGCUGUUUAUCACUCGAGUCAAAGUUGUGUCCUAGGUUUCUUCUCUGUUUUCUUGUAAUUUAUGAAUGUACAGCAGCCUACAGUAUAUUAUAGAGCAAAUAAUUAUCCUCUAUGUAUUUUCUCUAAACUCUAACCUAUGACCUCCUUUCCAGAAUGACACUAAACUCAGUAAUUUCACUGUUUUGUGGAUGACGCUCAUGAUAAAACAUUUAGUUUGAUCUUAGUGUCAGUUUAGUUUGUGAUUCUGACACAUUUCAACAUUUUUGUUAUAGAAACAGGAACCAAUCUGAUUUGUUAUCCUGAUGAAAUAACUGUGGCAGGAGACCUUUGGGGCGAAUAAACAUGGAAUAC